UGCGCGAGCGGAGGGAAGCAGCGUCGUGUCUGAUCGCGCUUUUUUGAGAAAGACUCCACUUUUCCUGCAGCGCCGAACUGAGCUCACCUCACUCACGCCUUUCUCUUCUGUGUUUCAAUCAUGGAGUCACGCACGCGCACCGAUCGAUCCAUGGAUUAGUCGGAUUUGAGUCGGUGGAGCGCCAAGUUGGAGAGAUGCAGAUGUUGUGGCUGAUGCUGAGUACGCUCUCAGUCUGUGCUCAAAGCGGAUUGGAAGACACAGACCACGCCCCCCUCGACCAGCAACACCUGGUUUCCAACGGCAACAGAUGUCCAGACUUUUGCCUCAUUGACUCUCCUCUGUGCCUCGAUGAAAACUCCAGACUGAGCUUUGAGGCCAUCUGCUCCAUCCACAGAAUGAUGGACGACGAUGCCGAUGGGAACGUGGACAGCAGCGAGACUGACGAGUUUUUACGCGAGGACCUAAAGUUUUCAGACUCCAAAACCAAACGACGAAAUUUUCACCAAGCCGACCUCCACAUCAGCAUCGAAGACAUGUGGACCACCUGGAAACACUCUGAGGUGUAUAACUGGACGCUGGUGCAGGUGGAGCAGUGGUUGUGUCUUAGUGUGGAGUUGCCUCAGUAUUCAGCCUCCUUCAGAAACCUGCAACUCAACGGCACCGCCCUCCCCAGGUUGGCGGUGAAAAACUCGACUCUCACUGGAUCCCUGUUGAAGAUCUCAGAGCGAAGCCACGCGCAGAAACUUCAGCUCAAAGCCCUGGACACGGUUCUGUUCGGUCCUCCCCCAGGGCGUGACACCCGCUGGAAGGACCUGGUUCUGUUCCUGUCUGUGAUCCUGGCUCUGGUCGGGUGCUGGUUCGCCUACGCUCAAACCAGGAAGUCCAGAGACGACCUUAGUAAACUCACCAAAGACCUGGAGGGGCUUCAGAAGGCUGAGCAGAGCCUCCUAGACCUGCAGGACAAACUGCAUAAGGCGCAGGAGGAGCAGCGCUGUGUUCAGGUGGAGAAGGUCCAGGUGGAGAAGCAGCUCAGGAGCGAGAUUGAGUCGGCGAAACAGGAAGCCCAACGUCUGAGGGAACUGAGGGAGCAAACGGGCAACGAGACGAACCGCCAGAAAUAUGUGGAGGAGGAGCUACAGCAGAUGCGAACGGCGCUGAAGAAGGCAGAGCGAGAGCUGGAGUCACGCUGUGAUUGGUCGCCUCCCGAGCCUCUUCAGAAAUGGUUGCAGCUCACCCACGAGAUCGAGGUCCAGUAUUACAACAUGAAGAAACAGAGCGCGGAGAGACAGCUGCUGCAGGCCAGAGAGGGGGCUGAAAGGAUAAAGAAGAAGCGCAGUUCUCUGUUUGGGACAUUCCAUGUGGCUCACAGCUCUUCACUGGACGACGUCGACCACAAAAUCCUCGCCGCAAAACAGGCUCUUUCAGACGUGACCGCUGCUCUCCGGGAGAAGCUGCACCGUUGGCAGCAGAUCGAGGUCCUGACUGGGUUCUGUCUGGUCCAUAAUCCGGGUCUGGGAGCUCUAGCUGCAUCUCUGAACCUGGACCCAACCUUUCUGGGCCUGAAACCUCCGUCGCCCACACACCUGCUGCUGUCCGAUGAUCUCGAUGAUAUGGAUGAAGAUAUUCUGUCUCCAGGAACACUCAAAUACGCGGCGUGGCAGAUGGAACGAAGAGUCAGUGACCUUUGGCCUCUCGGGAACAUACCAGACCAGUCGUCAUGGAAACAGUCUGCUCAAAGCCUGAUGCCCCUGCGACCCCGACCCGGAGACCCCUUCAGAGACAUCAUAAACCGUUCGGACUCUGACCCCGCCGUCCUGCUCUCUCUCAGCGAAUCACGAGGCUUGAACAGCUCUAGGCCCGCCCUCGCUCCCUCUGUCCGGCCGCUCCCUUUCCUGGGCAGUGGGACUUUGGAGAAGAGCACCAGUCUGGGAGAGCUCAGAGCCAACGCUGCCGUCCUGCCCUCCUCCACCUCGACGCGAUCCCUCUUCGUCGGCUCGGAAACGGGGGCGGGGCUUCGGACAGGAAACAGGAAGUGCCCCGCGGAGGAGGACAACAACAGUAGCAGCAGCAGCGGAGCCACAGCAGACGAGCAAGAAGGAAACGCAACGACCAGGAGGAGCGCUUUAAACCGGCUGUUCAGGAGGAGACAGGGACGGAAACAGGACUGAACCAGGAUUACACUGAGGACUAAACCAGUACUAAGCCAGGACUGAACCAGGAUUACACAGAGGACUGAACCAGGACUAAGCCAGGACUGAACCAGGGACUAAGCCAGGACUAAGAAGUGGGCCAAACAAGGACUAAACCAGGUCUAAACACAGACAAAAAUUAGACUAGAACAGGGCUAUAACCAGGACUAAAACUGAACUAAACCGGGACUAAAACAGGCACAAGGCAAAAAAUAGGCCUAAAACCGAAUAACAUAUACUUAACCAGGACUAAACCAGGUCUAAAAACUGGGCCAAACAAGAAAUAAACUAGGACUAAACACUGACUAAAAUUAAGACUAAACUGGGACUAAACCGGGACUAAACCGGGACUAAAGCAAGUACCAGGCAAAAAAUAGGCCUAAAACCGAAUAACAUGUACUUAACCAGGACUUAACCAGGUCUAAACUAGGACUUAACUAAGACUAAAAAAGGACUAAAGCAGGAACCAGGCAAAAAAUAAAAAAUAAAAAAAAGGUCUCAAAUUGAAUAACAUGGACUGUACCAGGACUAAAGCGGAAUUAAACCAAGUCUACACCAGGUCUAAACCAGGACUAAACAAAGUCUACUCCAGGACUAAACCAGGUCUAAACCAGGACUAAUGCAAGCACCAGUUACAUCCAAUUGUAUCUACAUUUUCCUGUGACACACUUGUAGCAUUUUUUUUCUAAAUUGAUGGUGAAGAUUUUUAUUUUUUUUUUUACUUUGAAGCUUGCAAAGCAUAAUGGGAAAUGUAGUGCCCAAGAAUCAAGCUUAAGUAUUUUUUGUUACCAUCUAAUCUUUUUUUUUUUUUUUUAAAUAAAUGGCACCAUGUAUUUUUGAGACAUUUUUGAGACGUUUGAACAUUGUACAGCUGUUUUCACACUGUUUCUGUUUUGGUUUGUUCGCGUUGAUUAUGUGAAGAAGAGGCAUUUUGGAAAGAAGUAUGAAUAUUAUGUGAAAAAUAAAUCACUAUUUAUUUGUA